AUGCCACCUCCUGAACCUGUUAUCACCAGCAGUCAUGCCCGAGGCAGCGGUCCAGUAAUUUCACCUCUCAAAACUGCAGUACCAUCUCAGAAACCCAUUCCUUCAGGAUCGCGGCCUUCUACUCGAGAGAGCGGGUUCAACUUCGACACAUCAUCAUCCCCGCCAGAGGAUCCGGUACCAACACGCAGUGAUGGCGCUCCGAGUACGACCAGCAGCGGCCGCUUCUUCCGCGAGAACUUCAAAAUGGGACCCGGUGAAGGCAAACGGUCACACUCAGCUAGUCCCUUCCGCAUAUCGAUGCCUUUCAUCACGCCCGGUCAACUCGCUUUUUCCGCCAUGCAAUAUCUGCCAGUCCCGAUACUGGUUCUGAAUAAUCUCAAGACUGUGGUGCUUGCCAAUGAAGCCAUGGGGAGGAUGCUUGGGAUGACAAACGAUGCGGCCGAAGAUAACUCAUACGUUGCCGAGAGAUUAAGAGGACAGUCUUUAUCCCAGGUUGGUAUCGACAUGAUCCAGGAAGGUCGUCCAGUCUGGGUCGGAUGGGAGUCGUUUUUGGAUUCCCUCGUGCUCGAAAUGGGCGCAAACCAGACUUCCAAGGAUGCGGCGGAUAUGUUCGCACAAGGCCAAGGUGGAGAGGCGACACCGACCCCGGAUUCGCUCGCCCCGCCAUUACCGGACCAUCCAACGGGUCCAUGCUUGGUCAAAGAUGCCGUAGUGGAUGUCGUCAUUUCCCGUAAAGAGCUGGGAAAGCCGGGAUUCGAUCCUCGGGCCAAGGGAGCAUCAGACCAUCAAGUCUACGCCAAAAUGAUUGUGACAAUAUGGGAGAUUGAGGAUCACCAAGUCUACUUCACCCUAGCUUUCACCAGCACAAACUCUCCGCCUUCCCAGUCGGCUCCGAGCCGCAAAGCGGUUGCGCGGCCGAAUUUGUUGGAACAAGCAGACCGCAAGACGAUAUCUAAUUCGAAUCCGCCCUCCGUCAGUUCCAGCCACGAUUCUAGUUCGCCAUCGUUCCGCGUAAGCCCCAGCGCCGUUUCACUCUCGUCUAGUCCGUUCCCGCCAAUGGGCCCACCUUCGACAGCCGUACAUGCGAGCGCGCCCUCGAUUUUGCAGAAGAUGAUUCUCAUGAAAGACGCCUUACUUGAUAACACGGAAAUGCCCAUCCUGGCGAUGUGGAAAGAUGGAAGCGUGACGUUUCCAAAUCGCGCUGCUCGGAAACUACUUCGGCAAGAAAGCGACUUGGAGAAAUCAUCAGAUGGAUUCGAUUUGCUACCCAGCUGGACAGUUUGGGACCAGGACUUUGAGAGGGAGUUGGAUGUCAGCGAGUACCCCAUCUCGGUCCUGCUCAGAACGGAGACGCCCUUCACCAAUAUGCGUGUUGGUAUGAUUGACCCGUCGGGUAACAGGAUGGUGUACGAUGCGCUCGGGGAGGCAAUCCGCGAUGAUAGCACCGGCGAAUUCAUGGCCGGCGUUGUCACCUUCAGAGACAUCACCAAGAUGAAGGAAGAGAUUGUUGAGAUCAAGGAGAGAGAUGAGGAGCGCUUCAAACUGAUCUGCGACACUAUGCCUCAGCUUGUCUGGACGACGAAACCAGAUGGCUAUCAUGACUUUUUCAACACUCGGUGGUACUCAUACACAGGGCUCACCCCUGAGGAGUCAAUGGGCUCAGGAUGGAAACAUCCAUUCCAUCCGGACGAUGUACCGGAAAGCGCUAGGCGAUGGAAGCACUCUCUAGAAACCGGCAAUCCUUACGUUACGGAAUACCGGUGCCGCAGCAAAACUGGCGAAUGGAGGUGGAUGUUGGGGAGAGCUCUCCCGCAGAGGAAUAAGGAGACAGGCGAGAUCGAAAAGUGGUUCGGAACUUGCACCGACGUUAACGAAAGCAUUGAAGCCAAACUCGCUGCCAGGAGUACCCGACAGCAGUUACUGAGCGUUCUUGCGCACUCUCAAGUCACCAUUUUCACCGUCGAUACCAAUCUCAACCUCACCAUGCUGGAAGGUGCGCUGAUGCGGGACAGCAACGGGGAUGAUAGUGCCGCAAACCAAGCGACUUGGUUCCUUGGCCAGAACAUGUACGAGGUCUUCAACCGACUCAACCCCCAGCUCAAGACUGGCGAGCGCCCUAAAUUCCUCCGCCCCGUCGAAGACAUAUUGGCGGGCGGAAAGACGGAAGAGGUGGCAGAGCACGGCAUGGAUGGACACUGGUACCGGACGAGGUUCUUGCCUAUUAUCGGCAAGAAGACGAAAGAUGCCAUUGUGACUAACGAGGCCCGCAUCGAAGGCGUCAUUGGUGUCAUCAUGGACGUGAGUGAGCUCAAGGAAAAGGCCGAAGAUUUGGAAGAAGAAUCUCGGGAGAAGAAGCAAGCGAUGGCGAACGAGGCGGCUGCGAAGGAAGCGAACAGGCUCAAGAGCCAGUUCCUUGCCAAUAUGUCUCACGAGAUCCGGACGCCCAUUACUGGCGUCAUCGGAAUGGCCGAGUUGUUGAGGGAUAUGGAACUUGACGCUGAACAGACCGAGUACGUCGAAAACAUUCAGAGGUCGGCGAAUGCUCUCUUGACGGUCAUCAACGAUAUCCUUGAUUUCUCCAAGGUCGAAUCCGGACGUCUCGAUAUCGAAGAAGUCCAGUUCUCACUUUCAGUCAUUGUCACUGAUGUCAGGAAAAUGUUGAGUUUUGCUGCUGAGCGGAAGAAUCUGGAUUUCCGAUCCGAUAUUUCGAAAGAAAUCGAACGCGAUCUGGUUGUCAUUGGUGACCCCGGUCGUGUACGCCAGAUCAUUACGAAUCUCUUGACCAACAGUAUUAAAUUCACCAACCAAGGUUAUGUCAAGUUCUCGGUGCAGAAGGAGAAGGAGACGUCGGAUAGCAUCAUCGUCAAGUUCAUCGUUGAAGACAGCGGUAUCGGAAUCGAGGAGGAGGUGCGGAAGAAGCUUUUCCAACCCUUCAGCCAAGGAGAUUCGUCCACGGCCAGAAAGUUUGGUGGCACGGGCUUGGGUCUCACGAUUUGCAAGAACCUGCUGGAGUUGAUGCAUGGAGAGAUGACGCUGGAAUCCGCCCUCGGCAAUGGAACUGUGGCAACAUUCUGGGUACCCUUCAGCAAACCCCAGAACCAAGGGAGGGCACCGCUCGUCGAGAUUGGCUCUCUACCGGACAGGCUACAGUCUGAGAUGAGCGUCUCGUGUCACAGUUCAGAAUUUGAACAGCUGCUAAACACGCCUCCCGCCUCAGGCGAGUCCUCGCAAUUCCUAACCGACAAACACAAGUCUCCAUCACGGCGACUAUCGGUACGGACACCGCCGGCUUCGGACGAGGAGUUGUUGCCACAUGCUGAACGUGCCAAAAUCCGUGUUCUUGUCGUCGAGGAUAAUGCAAUCAACCAGCAAAUCGCAACCAAGACAAUCAUGAAACUUGGCUUCACGGUAACCGCAGCAUGGAACGGAAAAGACGCCCUCGAGUACAUGGCGGCAGCGCAGCAAGGCAAACACAGCAAGCCGGACAUCAUACUAAUGGACGUGCAAAUGCCAGUCAUUGACGGUUACAAGUGUACACAUCUCCUCCGCCACCACUUGCCGUAUAAGGCCUACGUGCAAGAUAUACCAAUUGUGGCGAUGACGGCAUCGGCAAUCCAAGGCGACAAGGAGAAAUGCACUCGAGCAGGAAUGGACGACUAUCUUGCCAAGCCAGUCAAGAGCAAGACGUUGGAAAGAAUGCUUGUCCGAUGGAGCUUGAUGAAGAGAUCACAUCAAACAACAUACAGGGAGUCGGAUGGAUCCAUGUCUGAUUGCUCAGACACCGCUGCACACUGCAGCAACGCUGAUAUCCCUGGCAUAGCACAUGACCACCCGGAUCCUACACCCCCGGACUCAACAGAAGCUGUGGCGCCAUCGAGCCGCCAACGAGAGCAAAGCCAGGAAGCAGAUCGUGAAAGUCGGGGCGAUCCGGUGACACCUAGGCCUCUUACUAGGAACAACUCUUAUGAGCCAUCACCGUUCGACUCCCCAAAUGUGGCGGAAUCCAUCAAACCAAUCAGACGAUCCGAGACUGACGAGCUUGCGUUGCAAGCACAGCAAGGCAAGCUCAUGGAAGCCGCGGGUGGGAAGAAGCUCCCGCGACGGGGCGAAUCCUUCCAAACGGUGAUAGCUGGCGAUUCCCUGACUGAGGAAAACGUGGAAAAGUUGGAAAAGGAGGAACACAAGCGGAGGUCAUAG